CCUCAUCGUCCGCAGCAUCUCGUGUAGCAUGGCGCGGCUCGUCGGCGUCGGGCUGCUGCUCUUGGCCACCCUCGCGCUGGCCGCGAUGGACCCAUACCAGACGCUGGGUGUUCGCCGAGGUGCGUCCGAAGCGCACAUCAAGCGCGCCUACAAGAAGCUCGCGAUUCAGUACCAUCCGGACAAGACGGGCGGCGACGAAGCCGCGACAACCAAGUUUGUCGAGAUCCAAGCCGCGUACGAGGCGCUCACCAAGAGGCCAUCAUCGACACCUUCGCAAUCUCAGCAGUCGUACUACCAGCACCACUACCAUCAGCACCAGCAGCACCAGCAGUACUACUCGUACCAGUACACGUCGACGCCACGCCAGAAUGCCGGCGGCGGGUCCAUGCUCUAUGUGCUCAUCAUUGUGGGCCUCCUCGUUGCAUUCAUCUGGUCCCAGCUUCAGCCAGAAGAGCCUGCAACGGUGCCGCCACCGCCGCCACGAGCGCCUUCACCGCCGCCCAAGGUUCCGACCAGCGCCAGCCCGUUCCAGUCGCUCGCCGCCACGUACGCCCCGCAUGUGGCCGAGUUGACGGACGCGCAUCUCUCGCGCCGGGGACGGCGCACGCUCAUCUUUUGCGUCCGGGCUGACCCCGUCUUUUGCAGCCCACUGCAGCAAUGGCGCCUCAUGGAGCACGUUGCCUUGGCCGUGGCGAGGGACCCCGUGACGUGCACGUGGUGCGACGCCGAGACGGGUGCGAUGCGCGACCAGUGGGCCGCGUUUUUCGAGCAGCAAGGCCUUCAACCUGACGACGGCUUUUUGAUUGCAAUUGUCAACAACACGGCCAAGUGUGCUGUCUUGCCGCCAACGUCCGAGGUGACGAUCGAUGUGCUCGACACGUGGGUCGCCAAGCUCCUCGAAGGUCAAGUCGACCAACAAUUGCUGGCGAUGGACGUGCCCGUGCUCUCGCCUAUCUACGUGUAGUUAGUUGGUUGGCUGUACUACACUUAUAUACCGCGUCGACUCUAGUUUGCAC